AUGCUCCUGGAUUGCGCUUAUCCAGUCUACUUAACAAAGGGGAGGGUAGAGAGGGAGGGGGCUCGAGUGAAUCACUGUUGCGCUCUUCACGACAACUGUUACGAUUUACAAUUGGGACGAGAAAACUGUGAUCAAAACUUCUGUGACUGUUUAAAACGUGCUACAGCUCCGGAUACCUGUGCAGCGACUGAGUUGAAAUGUCUCGCGAUAAAAAAGGUCGGACAACAGGCGUAUUUUGAUGCUGCGUCAUACGAAGGUGAGUCAUUUAUGCUCCUCUGA